GUCCCGACGCCGGCAGGUGGGCGGGGGUACGCGCCCUGGAUAGAGAGAGAGGGAGACUGUCAGAGGCAGAGACAGCCGGGGGAGAGACAGCGAGGAGAGAGCGCUGUGAUCUAGGAUCUUAUAGACAGCCGGGACUAGACCAUUACCAGAGAGGGGUCAGGAGGAGGAUGACAUAGAGGAGACACGGGGGAGAUUAUCAGCUGAGAAGAGACAGGCCCGGCUGACAGCAAUGUGAAGAGGGCUUCCCUCCAGGAGACAGACACCGGGGCCUGCAUACAGAGACAGCCACAUACCUCACAGUCAGCCCAGGUCGGGACAUGGCGAGCAAGUGACCAACGGCGAGAGUGACACCCGCCGCCACCAGAGACGUCCCACCAUGUCAGCACCACGGGGUCCAAACAAGCUGUCCAGCACAGAGCGCCCUGUCCGAGCUGUCCCUUUUCCUCCUACACGGCGACUGGCUAUGAAUGAGGUGUUCGUGGAGGGCCGCCCACAGCUAGAGACUUUGAAGAACCACUUGGCCAAGGAGGGAAGACUGGAGGAAGAAGUGGCUCUACGCAUCAUCCGAGAAGGAGCUGCCAUUCUACGACAUGAAAAGACAAUGCUGGAGGUGGAAGCUCCCAUCACAGUGUGCGGAGAUAUUCAUGGACAGUUCUUUGACCUCAUGAAGUUGUUUGAGGUUGGAGGUUCCCCUCACACUACACGCUACCUCUUCUUAGGGGACUACGUAGAUCGGGGAUACUUCAGUAUAGAGUGUGUUCUCUACCUCUGGAGCUUGAAAAUCAUCCACCCCAAAACCCUGUUCUUGUUGCGAGGGAACCACGAGUGCCGGCACUUGACAGAGUAUUUCACCUUCAAGCAAGAAUGUAAAAUUAAGUAUUCGGAGCGAGUGUAUGACUCCUGUAUGGAUGCCUUCGACUGCCUCCCACUAGCAGCUCUGCUCAACCAGCAGUUCCUGUGUGUACAUGGGGGUCUCUCCCCUGAAAUCUCUUGCCUGGACGACAUCAGAAAGUUAGACCGAUUCAAGGAACCCCCCGCCUUUGGCCCUAUGUGCGAUCUGCUGUGGUCUGACCCGGCUGAGGACUACGGCAAUGAAAAGACUUUGGAACAUUUCACCCAUAACACGGUUCGCGGGUGCUCCUAUUUCUACAGCUACCCUGCCGUCUGUGAGUUCCUGCAGAGCAACAACCUGCUGUCAGUGAUUCGAGCCCAUGAAGCACAGGAUGCUGGUUACCGAAUGUAUCGGAAGAGUCAGACGACUGGUUUUCCUUCCCUCAUCACCAUUUUUUCUGCACCGAAUUACCUUGAUGUCUACAACAACAAAGCCGCAGUGCUCAAGUAUGAAAACAAUGUCAUGAAUAUCCGUCAGUUUAAUUGCUCUCCACAUCCUUACUGGCUGCCAAACUUCAUGGAUGUGUUCACGUGGUCCCUGCCCUUUGUUGGGGGAGAAAGGGUUACAGAAAUGCUGGUGAAUAUUCUCAGUAUAUGUUCGGAUGAUGAGCUGAUUACAGAUGGAGAAGACCCACUGGAAAGUGGAGCGUCUGUGCGUAAAGAGAUUAUUCGAAACAAGAUCCGAGCGAUUGGGAAGAUGGCCCGCGUUUUCUCUGUUCUCAGGGAGGAGAGUGAGAGUGUCCUGACACUGAAGGGCCUGACACCCACAGGAACGCUUCCCCAGGGAGUACUGUCCGGAGGGAGACAGACUCUGCAGAGCGCUACGGAAGAAGCGGUGGAGGCACAAGAAUCCGUCCGAGGCUUCUCUCCCCAGCACAAGAUUCGCAGCUUCGAAGAAGCCAGGGGACUGGAUCGAAUCAAUGAGCGUAUGCCGCCCCGCCGUCCCUCCUCCCCCCAAGACAUCAAUCUGAACUCAGCCGACAAGAACAGUAACAGGAGCCAGCAGUGACACUGCCGCCAGCAUUACACAUGGUCUCAUCUACCACCUCCACCACCACCACCACCACAUGCUCGAGGGCAGGACUCUCAAAACCAGGCCAACAUACAGAACCAUGUACACCCCGCUCUACAUCGGGGACACACACACAUGUACAUGUCAACCAUGCUGCUCUACCUACAUACAUUACAGUACCGGAAUCAUGUACACAAGUGGUAGUAUGUUCACCCGUCAUCCUCCAGGUAUGUAUAUAGGGUCCAUACAUAAAUCACAUGACUUUAAAGGGGAACUCCGGUGGAAAAUAAAGAUUUUCAAAUCAACUGGUGCCGGAAAGUUAAGCAGAUUUGUAAAAAAAAAAGUAACCCUUCCAGUACUUAUCAGCUGCUGU